AUCUGUUUCCCCGUUCACCGAUGACGGCGACGGUUGCGUUAACAGCUUACCUGUGUGUCGACACAAUACCUGCCCACACGUGGAAACCGUAGUGUCCACAUACCUGUAAUCAAGCCGUGCUACCUGUGGUUACCUGUGCGGGAGAACACGGGUACACACUUGACUUUACCUGGAGCCCAGGAAACAGAGACAACGCUAGUGACAAUGGAGUACAUAGUAUGGGGGACAGCGGGAGACGUCACACACUGACGUCAUAGCACCACGUGACGUAAAAGUGCUCACGUGACGACAUGGCACACUUCGUAGAUCACGUGAUAGAGGUCAUCUCAAAGCCACCGGACCAAAGAACAGAUCAGGAUGUGAAUGAGAUAUUGCCAUGGUUACGUAAACGAUCGAACACCGUGUACCAUCUAACUAGAGCGGUUCUCAAAAACCUGAUACGAAACUGCCAUUACCGGAAGUCGUCCCCUAAUGACGUCAUCAUCAAGCAGGGCGAGCUGGGAGACUGCAUGUACAUCAUCCUCCGCGGAAGGAUAUCGGUGUACAUCGACCCGUCCAUGACGGGGGAAGAUGAGGGGUUCACGCCGGUGCCCUCCUCCCCUAGGAAACAUGCACGGGUGGAGGAGUCAUUCCCCACAGAGAUGACCGUGAAGAGGCGGAGAGCCGGGGACAGGUCUUCUUAUGGGAAAUUCAUCAUACACUUUGAGUCAGGGAAGAGUUUUGGCGAGGUGGCCUUGAUGAGUGAGGACAAUAUCCGUAACGCCAGUAUCAUCACGGACACCGACUGUGACUUCCUCGUGGUCGACAGAGAACUCUUCAACUCAUCACUAAAGGAAUAUGAAGAGAGGUCGUACGCCGAAUGCCGCCAUUUUGUGCAGAAACAUCCCUUCUUCUCGAAAAUGUCCCAGCGCUUCAAACGACUUCUUACACUCAGUUUACGGAAGGAGAAAUACGGCUUCGAGAGUACACUAGUGAAACAAGGGGAGCCAAUCAUUGGCCUUCAUUUCAUACUCAGAGGUCAGGCUAAGUUCUUCAUGGAGCCUUCUCGGCAUCGACACCAAUAUCCUAACCUCUGGCCCUUUGAAGCUGCCAUUGAUAUCUACUCCAUUGAAUUUGAUUGGCUAAGGGAGCCAAGGAAGAACGCCAUACUGCGGAAAUACCGUGACCCCAACGCCCUACCCAUGAAAGUGGACAAUGUCGACCUUCGGCGGAGGAAGGGGUACGCCGCAGUGGAAAGGAAGCUUCAUGAGAGGUCUGUGAGUCUAUGUGGGGUCCAGAACGGGGAGGUGUUGGGGGACACCGAAAUAUGUUUGGGAUUGGGAACGUACAUGCAGACCGUCGUGUGUUCCACUGAAACUGAAGUGUUCAUUCUCGACAUGAAAAACUUUGACCGACUUGUAGGAAGGAAAAAUCCAAAUACUAUCCAAAUGAUGAAGAAGCUUGUGGAAUCUAAGUUAGCCAUUCGCAAGGACUUGAAAUAUGCUCAACACAUACCGCUCCUGAAGUUUUUGCACUAUAAACUGACCGAAGGGUCUUUUCCGGAAGCCAAGAGACUACCUCCCUUGAAAGAGUCCAAGGUUGCUCCGGAUAUUGAUCAUGAAAGACAAUACAUCCUCGAUAACUUUUUGGAAGGGAAAUCUCCACUUGUAGAUCCUCAAGUUCCUGGGGCCGUUUAUUAUAAGAAUCUCAUGCAGGAGAAAGCGAGAAUCAGAGCCAAUAUUCGGAAUAGAGGGUCUAGUUUCAAUACUCAACAUAAACCGAGGAUAAGGAACCCAAACCGACGUCAGCCAAGAAGCCGCCGAGAGAUUGUGGAAAGCCUUCAGCAGAUGUUGGAUGACGACUUGUUGAUGUUCCAACAGCCCAGGAAAAAGAAACACUCUGGAUCCAAUGGUUCAGUCAGAACUGAUGCUGCUUCUGAGGCUACUGGAAGCAGGAGGACAAGCUUCUCUGAGCCUUCCAGAAGCAGAACGACAAGGAAGGUUUGGAUCAACUGGAUCCCUGAACACAGAACCGAUGACAAGGACUCCGUUAAGAGUGAUGGGUCCUCUUCACAAAAGAGGUUCAACUCAAAAUUUGUUCCUAAACCUCCAUCAGAACCAAGCAGUGGUAAGUCCACACCAAGAAGAGGAUUAUCUCCCUUGAGUGUUUCGAGUGAUGGGAAAGAAAAGGAUCAGAAUUUGAUGCACCCGUUAAAUGAGCCUAGCGUUAAGAUAUCCCAAGGACCUAUUCCACCAGCGUCUUCCCGAGGGCCCCAGCUGACAGAGAGCACCAGCAUCUUACCACCCAUCCGAGAAGACACAGCAGAGCAGCUUCUCUCUCGGGAACGAAAAGAAAGUGCAGUUAGCAGAAAACCAAAUCUUGAAUCCCCGGAGGAGAUUGUGGAACUGGAGCUGGAACAACCCAAAACUGUAAAGGAUUUAGAACCCUUGAACAUCGAAGCCCCUAAAGUAAACCCCGAGGAGGAAUUCCAUCUGCCACCAAUAGCGUAUGUCCCCCAGUCCACACGUAGGUCCAGCACAAGUACGGUGAGAUCCAGAUGGGAGCCUGCAAGGAAGAUCAUCCAGGAGAGGAUUCAAGAUCGUCUCGUGACUCAGUUAGCAGAGAAGGAACCUUCAUACGCAGAUUAUGACACCAGCGAGAAUUCCCUGAGUUAUCUGGAGUCGAGGAUCAGGUCUUUUCAUCUCAAAUACGGCAACAAGAACAAGAUGACCCUCAAACUACCCAAGCUGAGACGGUACACUAGACAUGUACAGGAAACUCCAGAGUUACAUCCUCGACCAGGUGGGAAGGUCUGGAUCAGGAAACAGCUGUGUCAGUUUGCUGACAAGCGCGUGCAGGUCAAGGGUCACAAGCAUGUUAGAUACCACAUGGUGGAAUCCUUGCCCCAGUUUGACCACGUGAAAAAGACCCGGAUGAUAAUGAACUACCUAAUGAGUGCCAAAAACCAAACUGACGCACAAUCACUUGGCAGUAGCAACCAAGCAAUUACGUUCACCCAAGAGAGCUGAUGCCUAACACAAAGUCUUGAGUCUCGUGGGAUAGAUAUUCUAAGAUACAUGUGAUUUGGAGCACAACCUGUAUCAUACAUGCAUCAAGGCAAGCAACCCCAAACUGACUUGACCGGUUGAACAAUAUGACUGGAGUAUUGAUGUUUCAAACCCAGUUCAGGGCACAAGUGCAUGAUUUCAACGCCACGCAAUCUGCAUUUGCACACCUUGCAUAAUCUCAGUCAAAAUGGGUCACUACACUACAGUUUGUCUUCCAUGGCCCACUUGCACAAAACGACCUCAGCGCAAUAACUGUCUCAAGCUUUUGUUAAACCUGUAGCGAUGAUCGCAGCCCUUUGUGCAAGUGUGACCGUAGCUUCAACACGCUUCUGAGAAAUUAAAGAGUUAUCAUCCUUGCA